UGAAUUUUGUUGUAUUCUUGUUAACAGUUCUCAAAAGCUUCUUGAAGUAUUUAUUAUUAUUUAUCACAAAUACGUUAUUUAUUAUAUAUUCUACUUUACUUAUUGAUAUUGUUUUGCAAUGUUUCAUUUCUUGCGUGGGGGGUUGGCAAUCUAAAAUCUUGCCUAGGGCUCCAACAUUGUCAGGGCUGUCCCUGUUCUAACAAACUUCCUGGAAGAAACAGGAACAGCACUCUCCCCACUCUCUUUGUUCUCUAGUUUGACUCCAUAACCAAACCUCCGGUUAGAAACAUGUACGACCAAUCAGAUCACAUAUUUUUCUCUACAGUCCCUGGUUUGCUCAGCCUGGCCUCAGUCCGACACCACACCUCCUGCAGCAGUGGGGAGAGCCAGGGAGUCCCUCCCACUCUCUCUGUCACAUGGUUUCAGAGAAAACCAAACUUAACUCUCUCUGUCAGUGUGAGCAGUGAAAUGGCUGAAGGUGGAGGUUUACUGGGUGAGGACCAGUUGUGCUGUGCAAUUUGUCUGGAUCUACUGAAGAAUCCGGUGACUAUUCCCUGUGGACACAGUUACUGUCUGGACUGCAUUAAAAACUACUGGAGUCAGGAUGAUCAAACUGGUGUCUACAGCUGUCCCCAGUGCAGAGAGACCUUCACCCCAAGGCCUGUUUUAAGAAAAAACACCAUGCUGGCUGAAGUGGUGGAGAAACUGAAGAAGACAGGACUCCAAGCUGCUCCUCCUGUUCACUUUUAUGCUGGAUCUGGAGACGUGGCGUGUGAUGUUUGCACUGGGAGAAAGCGCAAAGCCAUCAAGUCCUGUCUAGUGUGUCUGGCCUCUUACUGCGAAACUCACAUCCAGCCUCACUAUGAAUCUCCUGCCUUUAAGAAGCACAAACUGGCCAAAGCCACUGGAAACCUGCAUGAGAAGAUCUGCUCUCAUCAUGACAAACUGUUGGAGGUUUAUUGUCGUACAGAUCAGCAGUGUAUCUGUUUGCUGUGUAAGCAGGAUGAACACAGAGGCCAUAAAACAGUCUCAGCUGCAGCAGAAAGGACUGAGAAAUGGAAGCAGCUGGGGGCGACACAGAGUAAAUUCCAGCAGAGAAUCCAGGAGAGAGAGAAGGAGCUGCAGGAUCUGAGGCAGGCUGUGCAGUCACUCAAGAGCUCUGCACAGGCAGCAGUGGAGGACAGUGAGAGGAUCUUUAUUGAGAUGAUCCGCUCCAUUGAGAGAAGGUGCUCUGAGGUGAAAGAGCUGAUCAGAGAUCAGGAGAAGGCUGAAGUGAGUCGGGCUGAAGGACUCCUGGAGCGACUGGAGCAGGAGAUUGCUGAGCUGAGGAGGAGAGACGCUGAGCUGGAGCAGCUUUCACACACAGAGGAUCACAUCCAUUUCCUCCAGAGCUGUCAGUCUCUCUGUGCCCCUCCUGGACCUGGAGACUUACCCAGCAUCACUGUCAGUCCAUACGUCUCUUUUGAGGCUGUGAGGAAAUGUGUCUCUGAGCUGAAAGAGCGACUGGAGGGCGUCUUCAAGGUGGAACUGGUCAAAGUUUCAGAAUCAGUGAAAGAAGUCCAUACUGUAGAGCUCAGGACCAGAGAGGAUUUCUUACAGUAUUCCUGUGAGCUCACACUGGACCCCAACACCUUGCACAGAAAGCUCCGUCUGUCUGAGGGGAACAAAGAGAUAGCCAAUGUGAAAGAGAUCCAGUCAUAUCCUGACCAUCCAGAGAGAUUUGAUUACAGAGCCCAGGCGCUGUGCAGCGAGGGUCUGUCUGGACGCUGUUACUGGGAGGCUGAGUGGAGUGGAGAUGGGGUUGAUAUUGCAGUGUCGUAUAAAGAGAUCAGCAGGAAAGGGUCAAGCAAUGUCUGUGUUCUGGGAAAAAAUGAGAAGUCCUGGAGUUUAUACUGCUCUCCCUCCAGUUAUUUUUUCUACCACAAUAACAGGAUCACUGAAAUCCCUGUUCCCUCCUCCUCCAGAAUAGGAGUGUACCUGGAUCACAGGGCAGGAACUCUGUCCUUCUACAGCAUCUCUGACACAAUGACCCUCCUGCACAGAGUCCAGACCGCAUUCACUCAGCCCCUCUACCCUGGGGUUAGGGUUUAUGCUGUCGGAUCUUCUGUGAAACUGUGUGAUGUGUGAUGAGAGAGAGAGGGAGGAUCAGACAGACAGGAGAAGCUAAUGAAACAUAAAAGAUGAAAGCUGAGGAUCUGAUGAGCGGUUCAGUCAGUAAAGGCCCUCACCAUGAGUACACCUUUGCACCUCUACCAGCACUGAGGUAAGAGGAACACAUUUUACACAGUUCUGCACCUCUACCAGCACUGAGGUAAGAGGAACACAUUUUACACAGUUCUGCACCUCUACCAGCUCUGAGGUAAGAGGAACACAUUUUAUACAGUUCUACACCUCUACCAGCACUGAGGUAAGAGGAACACAUUUUACACAGUUCUACACCUCUACCAGCUCUGAGGUAAGAGGAACACAUUUUACACAGUUCUACACCUCUACCAGCACUGAGGUAAGAGGAACACAUUUUACACAGUGCUACACCUCUACCAGCACUGGAGAAACUGCAG